GUAUAUUGAUAGGUACGUGCCGGAUUUCGAUACAUUGUCCCUGCUCUUCGAUGGCUUCACCGGAUACGUCGGCGGCUUUUUUGAAAUAUGAUUUAUGAUACGGGCAAUACUAGGGAACCGAUACCAGAUGAGCGAUGCUGGCUGGAUUGGCUGGAUUGUUGUUGUAUUGUUGUAGGGCCGUCAGGUUGGUGUUGUUGCACUCCACCUACACCGAACGCACCCCCCGCCCCCCCCCCAGCUUCAACCCUCUUCCUCCUCCGAUGCGCAAUACGCCGUACAUUCACAUUCAACCGUAUACGCCCUCGAAUCAUAGCAGGUUAAUUAGCCAACACGCCAAAACUUCCAGUCUUGUCGUCCACUUGUGGACCCCGUCUUAGCACGCCUUCGAUAUCGCAAUGGAAUAUCCAUGUGUAGGUUAGUUAGGAACGCCAUAGGGAGGUAGCGUAUACGUGUGCGUCUACGUCGAGGUUACCUCAUGUAGUGUCGGCACGAGAAAGAAGCUGCAUGCAUGCGCGUCCAGAUGGCGAAUAUAUGUCCACUCGACCUGCUGGUGGUGAGAUGUCACGUCGCCGCAUCCGCUUGACUAUCUACCGAGGGAGGGCAUCAGAGCCAUGUCAUCUAUCCGUCCCACCUACGUACCUAACCUAGUCUCGACGAUUCUCGCCACGUCUGCGGCUGCAUAGAAUAUUUCUCAUGGACCCUGAUAGGACUACCUAUGGGAUGGGGGUGGUGACAGUGGUUAAUAUGUGCAUAUUCAUCUCGUACCCUCUCCUCACCCCCCCCCCUUGUCGCCCUCAUUCGGAGCUUUAGGCGUGCGGCUGUAGGAGGAUGUAGGCAUGUGCGUAGUGCCGGUGGUCGAUCUUAGAGACGCAGAACGCCGCCAUCCCAGCCCCAACCCCUGGGCUGCAUUUCCCAAUGGCAAGGUUAGGUCGAGAACAGGUUCCGGCAGACCAGAAGCUGGAAGCGACAGCGGAGGGUGUGGGCUCGCGGAUAAUGAAGCAAUAUAUGUCAGCGCGGGCGUGGGUGGGUGUAUAAUAG